AACCCUGGAGAACCCAUGGGGUCAUAUAUGACCCCACUGUAUUGAAAAGCUCAUUGUUAGUGACAUGUUUGAUGAUAAUUAUUUUUUCCCAGUAAUACCCAGAGUCCCACAUAUGACCCACCCGAAAAAGUGAUCUGGUGACGAAUUUGUAAAAUUACGUCAUUGGAAUUUUCGAAACAAACAUGGCGAUUUUCACUGUGAGUUUAGUAAUUUUGAAUUGCGGUUUUCAAGGAAUAAUCAAGCCAUAAAGAAGUAAGUUACAUAUAUUUUUAUGACUGGAACUAAAGGGUAAGUUAUUAGUGAACAAGUGAAACGUAUUUUGGCGAGGUUUUUGUGAAUUUGUGAUGCAUACAGCAAAUUGUAAAAUCGACGGGUCACAUAUGACCCACUGGGUCGCUGUGGACAUUUUUGUCAGGGGUCAUAUUUUUGAAAUGUGAUGAAGUAUUAUGCAAGAUUUAGCAUAUAAAUCAAAUCAGUCUUCCCAACUUUACACCAACUUGGUGAGGGUUUUGUAGACUUAUAGUUUAGGUAAAUAUAAAGGUUCUGUUUUCAGAGAUAAAAUAUGAAUAUACAUAAUAUAGAAUUAGAAAACAUUUUUAUUUAUAGUGUCUGUUUUCUUUUUUCAUGAUUCAGUUUGUCAUGGCUAGCCGCAGUAAGCGAGAUUGUGUUCCUGUUGAGCAAGUUAUAGAUGAAAUUGAUGUAAAUGUUAGUGAUGUAAGCCUAGAUGGCCCAAGUGAUGAGUCGGAUAGAGAUGAAGUGUAUGACCCAGGUAAUAUCGAUAAUUUAGAGAGUAGUGACUCUGAAAGUGACCAUGAGCACUUAUCAGAAGUGAAUGACGAAUCCAGUGGUGAUGAUGAUGUACCUCUCGCACAAAUAUUGGCCAGCGCCACAGAGGGAAAAACCAAGACAAAAUAUACAUGGCGAAAAAAGGAUUUCGUAGCACCCCAAGAUCAAUUUCAGGGUGAAAUAGUUGAACCAACCGAUCCAACUGGAAUAACAGAGACACCCUUACUUUACUUCAAGCGCUUUGUAACACAGGAAAUGAUAGAACUGAUAGUGGAUUAUACUAACAGAUACAGUGUCCAAAAGCAGGGUAAAUGUGUAAAUACAUCUGCGAAAGAAAUUGAACAAGUACUGGGCAUGUACUUCAAAAUGGGCCUUGUUGAGAUGCCUUCAAUACGGAUGUACUGGGAAAAAGAAACCAGAUACCCUCCAGUUACAGAAGUUAUGAGCAGGAAUAGAUUCCAGCUACUUCUUUCUCUGAUUCAUUUUGUGGACAAUGAAACUGUGUCAGAGGAAACCAAGAAAGAUCGCCUUUGGAAAAUUCGACCAUUUCUGGACAUGUUCCGAGCUCGGUGCCUUCAGACUACCCCUGCAGAACAUCAGUCCAUUGAUGAAAUGAUGGUACCCUACAAAGGCAAAUUUGGGAAUAUUCGGCAGUAUGUAAGGGGUAAGCCGCAUCCAUGGGGCUUCAAAGUAUGGGCUAGAUGCUCUGUGCAUGGAAUCCUUCAUGACUUUGAUGUUUAUCAGGGAAAAGGUGGAGAUAAAGGAGCGAAUGUGUUUGGCAUUGGAGGAGAUGUUGUUGUAAAACUGUGUAAAACUCUUCCUAAAGAUGUAGGGCACAAGAUAUAUGCUGAUAAUUUCUUCACCUCAGUUGAACUGAUAGAGAAAUUGUCAGAAGACGGAUUCCUUUACGCUGGGACAGUGAGAAAGAACCGUCUCGCAAAGUGCAAUGUCUUGGAGGAAAAUGCCCUGAAGAAGAAAGGACGAGGAUCACAUGAUUUUAGAGUAGAAUCAAAGACCAAUACCGUGUGUGUUAGAUGGCAGGAUUCCAAAGCAGUAACCCUCAUGUCAAACUAUGCUGGUCCUGAGCCUAUGGACAAAGCCCGUCGCUGGGACAAGAGCAAGAAAGACUACACCAACGUUGACCGCCCAUACAUCAUCAGAGAAUACAAUACUCACAUGGGUGGUGUGGAUAUGCUGGAUGCACACAUCUCCCGAUGUAAGUAUUCCAUUCGAACGCGGAGAUGGUACCUUAUACUCUUCUGGCAUUUUACCAGUAUUGGCGUAAUCAAUGCAUGGCUGCUGUACAAACGUGACUGUUCCCUACUGGGAAUCACAGGCAAGAGUGUGAUGAAGCUGCGCCAAUUCCAGUCCAAGGUUGCACAAGCACUGAUUGAGCGUGGAACCACCAGAAAGUCGGGUAGACCAUCCCUUGGUGAGGAAACAUCGCCCAAACCACCUAAGAUAAUCCGUGUCGAGCCAUGUGAAGAUGCACGUUUCGACCAAAUUGCACACUGGCCAGUAAAAAGAGACAAGCGUCGUCGCUGUGCAGUUUGCAAAACUAUCAAAACUGAUACGUGUUGUGAGAAAUGUGAUGUUCCUCUGUGUUUCAACGAGCGCAGAAAUUGCUACAAACUGUAUCAUAUAAAGUAGUAGUAUAGUAACUCUGUAUGUACUGUAUGACAAGCUACUGAAGUUAGUAUGUUUUACUAGUGCCUCCUUUCAAUGCCUUAGACAUUGGCAUCAUAACAGAAAAAUAUUCUUGUUCAAACUCUGACAUUUACAUAAUCCCCGAGCCGGCGGCGCGAAGCGCCGUGCGAGGGUACUAAUUCCGCCCGGCUAUUUACACCCGGGUGUUUGAAAACAUAGCGAAGUGCAAAGUUGUCCUCCAUUAUGUGAUGGACGGUCUUCGAUGUUAUUGCGCAUGCACGUGUAAUAGCUCGUACUAAAAUUCUAAAAAUAUUGUUUUUCAUUUUGCAAAGAUGUAUUUUGAUAUUCUAGUAGUGACAGUAAAUAUCAAAGAAAGACCCAGUGGGUCACAUAUGACCCGAGUCCUAAAUUGGGGGCAAAUUGACGAAAAUCCCCAAAACAUAUUUUUAUAGUUUAUCUAGCCUGUUUUGUUAGUUUUUAGACUGAAAAUAAUUUUUUUCUAAUGAUAAAAGAUGUCUUGGGUUCUCCAGGGUUAAAAUUAGAAUUGUAUACAUGCAAAAAUAUGUAGGCGCGGUCGUAGACGUUUGUGGUAGUGGUCAAUAUACGAAUUUUUGAUGCGAUUCCACAGUUCGGUGACUUUCGUAAUAAAUUGUUAAAACUUCAUAACCCCCACCCCACCCUCCACCUAAGUUAUACCAGUUGGUUUUAGUGUUUCCCGUUGAAGAUCAUUU